AUUCUGUGGACGUGGCGUGAGUGGUAGCAAGGCAACAGUGGCUAGCAGGUAGCAGACUGACGAGCAGAGGGAAGGUGAGACCGAAGAUAAUCCAGUGGAAGUAUGGAUAUUAUCCAGGUCGACUGAUUGAUCGGUGUUCACCUUCACAGUGAACAAAAUGUCCAGCAUGAGCCAGCACUAUGGGUUCCAGUCAGCCACCAUGGUGCAGCCUGCCAAUGGGGGUCAUGCCUAUCUGUUUGGGAACAAUGGCUCAGAGAAUGACCUGUCAGAGGAGGAUGGAGAGAGCUAUGAGCUGCGGCCACGUGGUAGAGAGAGACUGCGGAGGAGCACCUCUAGAGAAAGGAUGGACGAUAUUAUCUACCUGACCAGAGAUAUCCAGGAGGGUGACACCCUGAACAGCAUUUCCCUGCAGUACCACUGCUCAGUGGCUGAUUUAAAGCGUGCAAACAGCCUCUUGACAGAGCAGGACUUCUUUGCCCUGCGCUCAGUAAAGAUUCCUGUGAGGCGCUUUAGUGUCCUCACUGAGACUCACAGCACUGCACCUCUCAAAUCUGCCUCCCCCUCAGGUGCCAGGCGUCUGCCCCAGAUCUCACCCAUUACCUCUCUCCCUACUGAGUCCUCCACAGACUCCUCUUCUUCCACAGACAGUGUGGAAGGAUUUCUCCUGGAGAAGGACAAGGACAUUGAGCGGCUGGUGAAAUCCACGGGUCCGUCUCGGAGCAGCCUGAAUGAGGUUGUGUCCACUUUAACACUACAGCAACAGCAGCCACUGUUAGGAGAAGUGGAGUAUAAACCAGUACAGAGAAAGGACCCUUAUUAUGGGGCAGACUGGGGCAUGAGGUGGUCAACAGCUGUGGCAAUCAUGCUGGUUGUUGGAAUUGUCACACCUGUGUUUUAUCUGCUGUACUAUGAAGUGCUCAUGAAAGCUGACGUCAGCCAUCAUAGUGGUCCUACAGCAUCUCAUGGCGACAUGUCUCACGAACAUCACCAUCAUUCGGACCAUCCUAAUGGAGGAGACAACCAUGCAGGAGCUGGACCUGGAAACCUUGUUAAAAAUGUGGAUCCACAUGGACCCGGUGUGGAUAACGCAGGAGCUGGUGAACACGGAGGGCAUGAGAAAACAUAACAAGGGAUUUUAACUUCACAUAUGAAUUGCUAACUCAGAGACCUUAUAAAACUGGGCAGUUCCGAUUGUUGUGUAGUUUUUAUAGACUAAAUACAUCAAUGCAAUCUGUCUGGCAGGGACGGUCACUUUAUAUCGGGAACAGCCUUUUUUUUUUUCUUUAUGUAUAUGGUUGAGAGGAGGAAUAAGGGUGUGGCCAGUCACUUUGUGUCUGUCCAUUUAUAGUUGGAGUAUCAGUGGGCUAAAUCAAUUUGGCUGUACUAUUUUUGAAAUGGUGGAUACUUUUUAAAAUGAUGUGUGAUCAGUGUAGCAAUAUAAUUGAGAGGAUGUUUUAUCAUUUAUGCUGCUGCUGCAUUUUAGUAAGCUACACAAACUAUUCAAGGAGCUCAAAAAGAGACAGCUACACUCUAUCCUAUUUCUGUUUAUUUACUGAUUCUCUAAUGAGAAUCAUUAAUUCUGUGGAUUUGGUUUUGUUCAAACUAUUGUUUGCCAUUUUAGAAAUAGUGUAUUUUCCAAUUGUCGGGAUGUACAAUUAUUGCCAUUUAGAUUAAUAUAGAAUUAAUUUAUUUCUGUUGAACAAUAGCCUUUACUUAAACUAUCAGUAUUUGGGUUGCUUUUUAAAUUAUAUUUCUGAAUUGCCAUAAAAAUUGCUUGAAUUUUUCUUUCCUUUAGCUUGCCUGAAGAGAACUGCAUUUUUUUUUCUGAGAGCAUGCUGACAAAUGGGAAAUGCACACAAUUCCCACAAUGACUCAUGUAAUUAUGUGAGAUUUUAGACUUUGUUAUAUAGCCCUUUUAUUUUAUGACCGUGUUCACUUGAUACUUUAUGAAAAAAGCAUUACAUGUUAUUGACAGUAUGUGCCUUUCAACCUGUGGAAAUGUGCCACGGGCUGGAAAAUAAAUACAUCUAUUUUGAAUAAAUUAUUGCCAGUGCGCACAUAGCUUGGCAUUUCUUAUUUACAUUAGUCUUUAAAGGAAAGCUUGUCACUCAGGUUCACAACCAAAAUAAAGCUCAAAAACAAACAAAACUAUAACUCUGCUUAACAUCUUUCCCAACAUAUCUACAUAUUUAACCAGCAGGAACAAUCUCAUAAUGAUUGUUUACUUCAACAGUCAGUUUGCAAGGU